UAUUAAAAGGUACAGGAGGCCAGCCUCCUUUUUUUUCCCCCAGGUGGCCUUCCUAUUGAGAAGCAUCUGACUCAAGCAUCAUCUUCACAUGCAACAGGGCCAGGCAGAAGAUCCAUGAGGUACUGGAGCAGAUUGCAGGUGGGCAGUGCCAUUUCCGAGUGUUCCUACGUUGAGAAUUCCCUGAAAGGAGAAAACCAGCACAGCAGAUUACAAACGGUGUCUGGACUACAAAACUAGAAGGUGGAUUAUUUCUGUUAAAAGAGGAAAAAGACCAUGCACGGACAUCUGUAGAAAUGGUUUGCGGCUCAGUAAAGCUGGAGCUGACUAAAUGAAACUAUGGGCUGUGCAUCAGCCAAGCAUGUUUCUGCUGUACAAAAUGAAGAGGAAGCUCAGAAGGGGAAAAACUACCAGAACGGAGAUGUAUUUGGUGAUGAGUAUAGGAUCAAACCUGUGGAAGAAGUCAAAUACAUGAAAAAUGGAGGAGAAGAGGAUCAGAAAAUAGCUGCCAGAAACCAGGAAAACUUGGAAAAAAGUGCCAGUUCACAUGUAAGACUUAAGACAAAUAAAGAGCUUCCAGGAUUAGUACAUCAGCCUAGAACAAACAUGCACAUCUCUGAAAGCCAACAAGAAUUCUUCAGAAUGCUAGAUGAGAAAAUUGAAAAGGGUCGUGAUUAUUGUUCAGAAGAGGAGGACAUCACAUAGUACCCAUGCUAAUCAGAACAGGAAUACUACUGUGUAAAUAGAUUAUGGUCCAGUCAAGAUAUUUUUUUGGAAGUCUUUUCAAGUAAACAGCACUACAUAACAAACGAUCAUUUUCACAUUGUAUGCUCCAUUCAGUUACAGUGUUUCUUAAUGAUCAUACAAUGGACAUUGCUCAUGGAAAGAAGAACAGCUUUGUGGUGGAACUGCCUUUGCCAUGCCUGGUUGAAACUUGUUGCAGAUUUUCAUCAAAUACCUUGUCGAGGAACUCAGCAGAUCUAUAACAUGAAAUCUGAGUGACAUUCUAGAUCUCACUUGGGCUGUUGGCCUGUUUUCUAUUGGCUGAAAAUAGUGUUGUACAAAACCUUCCAUAACUGAGCAGUUGAACCUUCCAGUUCAUCCUGUUCACCAACCCACCCGUGGAUGGUGGAGUUCUUAUUAAUGCUGACAAUUUAAAGCUUUGGAGAUGGGAUGCUUUGCCAUGACAGACCUCGUUUCUCUGCUAGGAAGAAGUUACCAAUUAAAAAGCAUGUUGUCACAGAAAUGCCAGAUAUGGUGAUGCAGGAGCAGAAAUCUGUAUUUUUUAAAAACACUUUAUCUUUUCCUAGGUAUUUCAGUGGAGGAAUAAGCUUUCAGUAUUGGCUUUGCUGACUGCAGAUGGAAGUUGUGAUCCCAAUCAGUUUGGAUCCCUCUUUUUUUUAAAGAAAAAUAAACAUUUUACUGUUUUUAGGUAUUCUUGUCUUAUACCCUUUCAUACAGUCCAAGUGUGUUAAGAGUAAUUGGGUAAAAUGGAGUGGGCAAAGUACUUUGGAACUAUAAUUGGGGAGGAUGUUAUUUUAAAGCACCUGUGGGCCAGUUUGGGACGUCUUGUAGAGUUUAUUUUUCCAUACUAUAAAAAGAUUAUUCUCUUUCUUCUCAAAGGCAAGAUGUAAUAUUUUUAAGAAAUAUUGUUAUGAGUAAAAAUAAUCCGAAGGUUUGGGGAAAAAACACUUCUAGAUUUAUUUUUAAAACACACAUACAUUUAUUAUUUAAGGAUUCGCUUUUGUGUUUUGGGGAGUUAUAACCAUAAAAAUGCUUCUUAGAGACUGGCUGUUUUUUUUAAAAAAAAAUCUAUCUUUUUGCCUUAACAGGGAUCAAGAUGGCAACGCAUAAAUAAAAUUAGACAGUUGGGGUGGGAAGCACACUUUGAAACAUUCUGUGGCAGUUGUAACAUAUUUGUUUCCAGGAAUCAAGGUAGACCCUGAAGUUUUUGUCUUCAUGUGUCCAACUUCUUGAAUUAGAUGUCAUUACCUAAUGAUCCAUGAGUCCAGUGGGGCAUAAGUAUCUCUCCUCAUCUCCAUUUUGAGAAAUCAUUCAUUCUGGUGUUACCACAGCCCUAGCAGGACAAGUAGGUAUUGUACUUCUUUCUGCCAUUGGUCGAACCACUCUGACAUUAUCCUUAGCAGGUGUCUCAGAAAGUCUUUUAAUUUUGGGCUUUAUGUCAGACUGCUUGGGCAUUUUGCUUCCGAGGUUGGUGCUCAACAUUUGUAAAACUAAACAAUGGAAAUAUUACUACACACUAUGCAGUGCAUAUUUGAAUGGCAAUAUUUUGAAUAUUAAUCUGUUAAGGGGAUAUUGAAGUAUUUCAAGUGAAAUGAGAAGCAGGGGUUCUGCUUAAAAAAUGAUACGUCUUUUAAAAUUUGUUACAGCAUAGAGGUCUCAUUGAUGCCUUUUUAUCAGUUUUAUUUGGCUUUUUCAUUUCCAUUUAAAACCCUUGCAUUAACUUCUAAUUCUCUUCAGUGGCUUGCUUCUUUGUUUUUUUACUUUCUUUCUUGCUCUCUUCUUCUGUUCUUCUCCUUAUACCUCAUAUUCUCCCAGUUGUUCUCCAUACCACUCCAUUGCCUGUGAUGACAUUAUCUCACAAUAAAUAUUUUAUUUCCUUUGAUGCACUUCUUCGUGUGUAACAAAACAUGUUUAACUACUUAAAACUUAACUCCUCACUUAAUCUUUCUUUGGCCACCAUCUCUCCCUCUAACUUCAUGCCUUUCCCUCCGUCCUUAACUCCCCUUAACUUUCAUGCCUUAAUUUCCUCUGUUUGCAAUGUAUUCUUCACAUUGGAAGCUUAUGGUCAAAUUGACCAGAUAGGCGGGGUAUAAAUUAAAUUUAAAUAAAUAAAAUAAAAUAAAUAAAUAAUGAGUGUAUUACCUUUUGGGGCAGGGACUAGUAAAUUUAAGCACCAGAAGUGGACCCAAGUUUCCUUGCCCUCUUAUUAGAAGAUGUUUCUCCAGAGGCUGCUGAACAGCUGUUCUCAUGGUCCCUCAUCAUUGGCCAUUAUAGCUAGGACUGGUGGGAGUUGAAUUCCCAAAACAUCCGGAGGGCCACAGUUGUCCACUCAUGCUUUGAUCUCCAAAGAAAAUAAAAGGAGUAAACAUAUAAAACAGAGUAAAGCAUAGAUAAGUGCUCAAUUGUAUCUUCUGCCACUGCCAUCUGUAAUCACACCUGGGAGAAAGGACAGUGAUCCAUUCUGGAGGCCAAUAGAGCUGGACAGGGACUUGGCUCCAUAGUGAGAAAUGAUUUCUUACAAGCAGCAAGAAGUGUUCAAGCACAGAAAAUAGGAAGAAGAAUGUAGAAGAAGCAUUCAUGUGCAGGAACCACAUUCAUGGUACUCAUGAUAUAGCCUGUUCAAGCAGCAUUUUCCUUGAUAUCAUCAAUCAUUUAGGGUUUUUUAAUGGGGAGGGGAAAUUGCCCUUAAAAAUAAGGAUAACUGGGUGUCAGAUAAAUUCACAUAUGCAAAAUUUUAUCCAUUCCUGACUAUUUGUACAGUGUCACUGAUACUAGUUUCUCCAUCUUUACUAGAAGUUACCGUUGCUGUUCUGGGUUCCCUGUGUCUUGUUUGAUCAGAGUCAGUUUUUCUCUAGAAUUAAAACCAAGGCUUUUAUUCUCCUA